AUGAAGGCAUCUGUGGUCCUCUCCCUCCUCAGUUACCUAGUGGUGCCAAGUACGUCUCGAAUCCUGGGACGCUGCAGGGUGGCGAAGAAGCUCCAGGAAGGAGGCCUGGGAGACUUUGAAGGCUACAGCCUUGAAAACUGGGUGUGUCUGGCUUACUUCGAGAGCAAAUUCAAUCCCACGGCUGUCUACGACAACUUGCAUGGGGACUACAUGGGGUACGGCCUCUUCCAGAUCCGGAACACAGACUGGUGUGACAAUGGCAAGAACCUCUGUCACAUAGCAUGCUCUGCCCUACUGAAUCCAGAUUUAAAGAAGACAAUUGAAUGUGCCAAGAUCAUUGUACAAGGAAAAGAUGGGAUGGGAGCGUGGCCUUCUUGGACCCUGAACUGCCAGAACGCCUACAGUCUGCCAAGGUGGUUGGAUGGAUGCAAUUUAUAG